CUGGUGCAAUCUGUCCAAUCGAUGAAUGAUAUGGCUAUUCGGGAGAAAUCAACCGCUUAUUAUGAUAUCAUUAGUUUUAUAAGUAGGAUAAAUCGGGCAGUUCGAGGGAAGAAAUUGAGCACAAAAUUGAAUCCGUCACCAAUUGCAGAUGAUUUGCUUCAUAUCUUUGAUGAUUUGAAUAAAAUGAUAGAUGAAACACCAUCGACAUUCGGCGAUUGGUUUGAAAAGAUGAAAAGAACCUCAACGGGAUUGUUAGAAGAAGCAUUACCAGUGGUAUUUCAACAUGCACUCAUUGAAGUCAGCACAUAUUUUAUUGAAUCAUUUGGUAAUGCGACACGAAAUGACUAUGGAACCGGUCAUGAAUUGGCAUUCAUCAUGUUUUUGUGUGCACUUUAUAAAAUCCAUGCAUUGACCGAAAGGGAUAAUUUAUACGUUGGAUUGAAAAUAUUCAAUGCAUAUUUACAACUUGUACGUCGAUUGCAGUUAACAUAUGGCAUGGGACUCGCUGGUAGUCAUGGUGUUUCGAGCAUGGAUGACGAUCAAUAUGUACAUGUACAAUUCAUUUGGGGGAGCGCUCAGCUUUCUGUUAAGGAACCGUUCGAACCAAAAUGUUUCCUUGAAAUCGAUGUCAACAAUCGAUACAAAAAUGAAUACUACUUCAUUGGAUAUAUUGAUCACAUUGUACGGGUGAAAACUGGUAGUUUCGCCGAACAUUCAAAGCAGUUAUCGAGCCUGUGCAGCGUUGAUUCAUGGGAAAUAAUUAAUUCCAUUCUCAUCGAGAAAUAUGAAAAUGAGUUGCUUGCAAAAUUCCCUGUGAUUCAACAUUUGCUGUUAGGAUCAGUUUUAAAAUUGAAGGAAAUUUCCGAUCAUCAAAAAGAGAUCGAUCGCCAAAAAGUUUUCCAAGUCAUUCUGGAUCAAGUCAUUACGGAUCAUCUCAGCAAAUCGACACCGAUUUGGGAAAUGAUUUCAUCUCAAUUGAGGUGGACAACAAUUUCAAACAAGAUUUUGAAACUUAUUUCUGGAAGGAAACAUUAGAAACCAAACCAUACAAAGGAUUUUAUCAAAGCGUAAAUUAAGCAUUAACCGCUCAGCUUCUGGAAAAUGUCGAUGGCACCAUUUCCAAUGCAUUGAAUCUUUUGCAACCACAUGCAGAAAAAUGAACGAAUUUUUUUCGAUAUUUUUUUCUUUACUUUUUUCGUAUUUUAUCACAUAUAUUAUGCAAAGCUUUGCAAUUACUUUAUUAUCUAUGCAU